AUGGAAGGUAAAUACCUGGGAGUUUGUGUUUAAUGUGCAAAAAAGUGCCACGUUGGACACAACCUCAAAGUUAAAGGAAUUGAAAAUGAGUUCUUUUGUGAUUGCGGAUUAGAAAAUUGUAAAGUCAAAUGUCAAUGUCAGAAAGAAGAAGCAUAAGGAUAAGAAGAAUAAUAAUAAUAAUAAUAAGAAUAAGAGAAAAAUUGA